AUGAAGCUACCGUAUCUGGCUCGUCGACUUGCUGUCAAACUUAUGGGAACCAAUGAGCAAAUAAACUUCUCGCUGAUCUCCCGGAACUCCAAACGCCUUGUCCAAUGCGUCACCAAGACACCCGACUACUUCGAGGCAACAAUUCAAGGCCAAAUCAUCUGUCUAGACACAAAUCUAGAGGAUAUGAAACAUCUGAAACUAGUGUUCCUUCCAGAACUGAGACUAGGCACUUGUCAAGUGCCAGUGGCCCCAUUGGUCGUCAAAUCAGCCAUCAGUUGCAGAGGAUGUGAGUUGGAGAAGGCGGAGUUUAGUACGAGGGAUUGGAUUAACCAUUUGGUGGAUAUAUUCCAUUGUAAGACACUCAAAUUGACAUUUGAUCAGGGAUCCGCUUAUUAUAAUUUGGUAUCGAUAAGGGAUCUAUUUCAAGGAUUCGAUAUUAUUGGGCUAGCCAUCCAGGACACCUAUAGAGAGCACGCUCUAAAAAUUCUCUGGAUAUUCCAGCCAGUGUUGUCAAUCAUCCACCAGUUGUCAAUUAUCAGGGUCCCAUUUGAAUUAGAAGAUAUGGAGUACAUCCACGGUGUCGUAUUUCUAAAUUACGAUUAUUUAAAACUAGCCGGACCUUCUGAUCUAGGAAUCGAAGCGGUGAUGGAUAUGAACAGCAAGAUCAUAGAAAUAUUGAACCCUGAAAUCGAUGCAUUUGAGCUGAACUUAUUCGUUCAAGAAUGGAUGAAUAUUACCACCAGUGCAAGUAUGGAGACACUCACAAUCUUGUUGCAAAAGCAGGAGACUGUUGAAUUUUAUGAACACGUGAUUCUCGACGAAAUUCCGCAUACAGUGGUGCCAAGAGAUCGUUUCAAAAAGUUCCACAUGCCAAUCAAUUCAAAUUCAUGGAAUAAAAUGGAUCGAAUCGUUGGACAGUAUGAGAUUCAAGGGUGGGAAGAGAGGAAAGCGACGAUUCAGUUGGAUGUCUAUGGAAAUGAGAUCAGAUUUAAACUCUAUCUCUCCCUGAUCUCCAAAAACGCCAAGAAGCUGGUGCAGUGCGCUCCUCAACAAGUCACCUUCCUUGAACUCCACUUUCAACACAAAAAAAUCGAGGCGGCCUCUGAUGGAAUGGAUCAUAUAUUGUUUGGCGGGCUGGAAUCUGAUGUUCCGUCUUCAGUGACAACAGGAGAGAUGGUUCUAUCAAAGCUUGGAUAUGAUUUGGAUAUAAAGGACUGGGUGUGUCAUUUGACGGAUGUGUUGAAGUGUAAAGAUAUUCGACUAUUUUUCGAAUACGGAUCCCAUCUCUAUCCCCUAAACUCUCUGGGACACCUGCUACAAGGUCUGACUAUUAUCCGUAUCACAAUCCAAGACACCACCGACCAUUACUCCCGCCGGAUCCUUCAAAUGUUCCAGGAUGCUCGUGAACUUUUAGUUUUUAAGAACCCAAUGGAGCAAUGGGAUGACCAAACCCAUAACACCGUGUUGAGUAGACAUUUAGACUUUUUUCGAUUCGGAGAGGAGUACAAAAUCGGGAUGGAUCGACUACUCAGAAUGAAUAACUGCAAGGUUAUUGAAAUGUGUGGAUGUUCUAAGAUUAGUGUGAACGAAUUGAAUGGAUUUGUUAAGACAUGGAUUACCCGGACUACCAAUCAAAACUUGGAGAUAUUGACGCUGGUCCUGGCAAAGAACCGAGUUGGGAACAACUACCAGAAUGGAAUUCUUGCUGGAGUCCACCACUCGAUUAUACCAAGAGCUAACCACAAAAUGCUCACAAUGCCAUACGCCUCUGCUCUCUGGGAAGACGUACCCCGUAUAGUUGGACAGUAUGAGGUACAAAGAGUGGAUGGGAAGAAUGCGACGAUUCAGUUUGAUGAGGUUGGAGGUGUGGCUAGGUUUAAAUUUGUUGUUGGGCAAUGA